UUGCAAGAGACCUCCAGACGAAAUUCAUCAAUAGUGAUUCCAGAGAAUGAUGAUGAAGAUGAUUAUGAUAGACACGUACAAAUUGAUGCAAAAACUCUAUUAAAUAAUAUAUUAAAAGAAGUAGAAAAAUCGAUAAAGAAGGAAUUAAAAGAUAUCAACGACUCACUUCAAUUUCAUAGUUCAAAACUGGAUGAGGUGAUGAUGUCUAUUGAGGCAUUCAAGCAAACUAUAAAAAAUCUACAGAGAAAGAAUAUCGAACUUACCAACAAAAACAACAAUCUGGAAACGAGAGUCGUGCCUAAAUUUAAGAUUUGCAUCAAUAAUACUAAUCUCAUAACAUCAUUAAAUGAUAUUAAUUGGGAAAAAACUAAUGACAUGACAUGCCCCUCAACGAUAUAUAAAUUUAUACAGAGUAGUUUUACACAAUGCUCUGAAAAAUCUAAAUUUCAAAUAAAAAUACAACCUAAUAUAAAACAAAUAGCUAAUUAUUGGAUACAUUAA